AUGGACACACUGUUUGUUCUCACGGGAAACUGUACUUUGAAAACGGUCGAGUCAGCCAAAGAAAAAAAGCUGGUCACAACCGUUAGAGCGACGCUAGCCUGCUGUCACAAGCCGGUCAGUAUUCGUCGAGUACAGUUCGUUCUUCUAGUAACCCGUUACGUUAAAUUUAGUAACAGUUCCAUGACUAGGAAGAUGAUCGACUUCUCGAAGUUGAGCGAAGACGGGCUUAGAGAGUUCAAGAAUAGAUACGACGCUUACAUAUUCGACAUGGACGAGACCCUGAUUCAACAAAACGGGUCUCCGAUUGAAGGCGUUGAAGAGGCUCUUAACGAAAUUGCAGAGAACGGAAAAUCGAUUAUGGUUUUCACAGAUAACUGCUUAGCUGUAUUAAAAGAUGUUGCCGAGAGACUUAACGGACUUUUUCCUGUCAUCAAAAAGGAAAACAUCAUGAACGCAGGACAUCUUGUAGUGAGGUACCUAAAGGAAAUAAAUUUUAAAAAGAAGGUAUACGUUAUCGGAUCUGAAAAUGGAAUAAUUGCGGAUCUUAAAGAUUCCGGAUUCGAUGUCUUAUACGAAAACCAGGUAAGGGUGGGUGCAGUGGUGAUCGGCAGCGAUCUCAACUUCAAUUACCUCAAGAUGUUCAAUGCAACAAACUACCUCGCUGAUCCGGAAGUGUUGUUAAUACAAACUCAUGUUCCUGUUGUUGUAGCAUACAAUCCCAUCAUACCAGGGGUAGGAGCUAUUAUUGCCUCCUUGAAAGCUGUUUCAGGAAGAAAGGAUUCGACUGCAACGGGAAAAGGUAGCGAUUAUUGCAGCAAGUACCUCAAGUCAUUUGGGUUUCCAGCCGAAAGGUGUCUCUUCGUAGGCGACGGGAUAUCCAACGAUGUCGUGGCUGGCAAUCGGACAGGUAUGGAUACCAUGCUCGUCCUUACUGGAGCGUCAAGUUUGGAAAAUGUUGAAAAAGCAAGGGCAGAAAAUCUUCAUGAGCAAAUACCAACUUAUUACGCGAACUCAGUUGCUGACUUGAUCAAAGCUUUCAAAACAUAAAUAUAAUUAUUAUAAAAAUUUUGCAAUAACAUACUUAAACUCCAAUCAGUAUUUUUGUAAGUUAUCAAUCCAAACAUAAAACAUUUCAGAUGUAUUGUAGUGAAAAAUGAAGAAAAAAAAAAACAUAUUUCAGUUUUAUGAUUUUUUAGUUAUUCUGGAUUUCUUAAUUAUAACUCUAGAAAGAUAUUUUCCUGUUGAUAUUUGUGUCACAAUUUACAAGAAGUCUUAAAGAAUUUUUGCUUAUAACGUGUUUACAAUAAAAAUAUAGUUAUAAUGUAUUUAAAUUUUUUUAAAAUAAACUUUUUCUUUACAAAAUA